UUCUGGCUGUUCAUGAAUGCAGAUUACGGGAAUUAAAGAUGGAAAUCAUAUUUCUCAGGAUAUUUUAUCAGUUAUUGAUUCCUCUAAGAAACAACUUGUUGUUGAUCGUUACAUAUAUAUUAAGAAAAUAAUGGAAGAGAACAAACAGAAACUCAGUAGCAUCACACAACAUCUUUAUAAUUUGUCAAAAUUCAGGAGAGAUACGACAAUCAGCAACACUGACAGAUGUAAUUUGUUAACAAGAAGGCAAGAUGAUGCACUUUGUACUCUAAAUAGCGUCGAACUCUCUGGAGGGGAAAAAGAUGGCAGUAAUUGUCAAGAAGAAAGUUCAUAUGCCUCAUCAACUGUAAUUCUAGGGAGCAACUUUGGAGGAAAGAAUGCAGUUCGACCAAUCAAACUGCCAGAAGUGCCAAAACUACCUCCAUAUACUACAUGGAUUUUCUUGGACAGAAACCAAAGAAUGACAGAGGACCAGUCUGUUGUUGGUCGUAGGAGAAUUUAUUAUGAUCGAGGUUGUGGUGAAGCUUUAAUUUGCAGUGAUAGUGAGGACGAUGUAGUUGAAGAUGAAGAUGAGAAGAAACAGUUUGGAAGUACUGAAGAUUAUAUUAUUCGGAUGGCAAUCCAAAAAGUUGGUUUAUCCGAUGCUGUGCUGGAUUUGUUGGCUCAGUGCCUUGGAAGGAAUACAGAUGAAAUCAGGGCAAGAUAUGAGAGCAUUAUAAAGAUAGAGAAAACUGAGGAAUGUGUUAAAAAGGGAGAAGAUGGAGUUGAUAUUAAAACGGAAGAUGCAUUAUCAGAAAAAGAUCUGGAUGCAGCAUCGGAUUCUUUUGAUAACCUUUUUUGUAGGCGAUGUCUGGUUUUUGAUUGUAGACUACAUGGAUGUUCUCAAGAUUUAGUAUUUCCUUCAGAAAAACAACUUCCCUGGAGCAACUCAGAUGAUGACACACCUUGUGGCAUGCACUGCCACAGAGCCGUCUCCAAAUCAGAGGGUAUUGCUGCAAUGAAUUCACAGAUGCCGCAUGAUUCUGAAUUGCAAACACAGUCAUCUGGUAGUGCUCGAGCAUCACUGUAUACAAAAAAGAAAAGUCAUUGUUCUUCUGUAGGAAGGAGAGCAAAGUAUCAUCAAGGUGAAAGCACUUCUUCUAAUGCAAGAGUUGUUUCAGAGAGUAGUGAGUCUGAAGUACACCCACGACAGGAUAUCAUGUCUGUUAAAGUCUUUUCGUCCUCGAAAAUUAAACAGGAUGGGAAAUAUGGUAUUAGGAAGAAAGACAACAAAAGAAUUGCUGAGCAGGUUCUUCUAUGCAUGCGGAAAAGGCAGAAGAAAAUGAACAAAAUUGUGAAAUCUCCAAUUAUCAGAAAUUCCAGAAAAAAGGGACUAUCACAGCAGGACACUAUCAAUUUAGCUUAUGUUGAAGCUCAAAAUGAUUCUACAGGUGAGAUAGUGAAGGAGUCAUUGGCUGCAGGUUGUGAUGAAAGCUCAAGAAAAGAGGAGUUUGUUGAUGAGAGCACCUGCAAAUAUGAAAAUACUCGUGGUAAAUCAUGGAAGGUGAUUGAGCAAAGCCUUUUUGUUAAGGGUCUGGAAAUUUUUGGAAGGAACAGUUGUCUCAUUGCUAGAAAUCUUUUAUGUGGAAUGAAAACAUGCAUGGAGGUUUUUCAAUACAUGAAUUAUGUGGAAGAUAAAAAAACAUAUGGAGCUGCUGAUGGUGCAAAUUCUCUGGUUGAAGGCUAUGCCAAGGGUAAUGAAUUGCAGACAAGAUCAAGAUUCUUGAGAAGACGAGGUAGAGUUCGUCGCUUGAAAUACACCUGGAAAUCCGCUGGUUACCAUUCCAUAAGAAAAAGAAUUACAGAGAAAAAGGAUCAGCCCUGUCGGCAGUAUAAUCCUUGUGGCUGCCAAUCUGCUUGUGGAAAGCAAUGCCCUUGCCUCGUAAAUGGAACAUGCUGUGAAAAAUACUGCGGGUGUCCGAAAAUUUGUAAGAAUCGAUUUCGAGGUUGUCAUUGUGCCAAGAGCCAGUGCCGAAGCCGUCAAUGCCCAUGCUUUGCUGCUGAUAGGGAAUGUGACCCUGAUGUUUGCAGAAAUUGCUGGAUUGGGUGUGGUGAUGGUACUUUAGGAGGCCCAAAUCAAGGAGGAGAUAAUUAUGAAUGCCGGAAUAUGAAGCUUCUCCUCAAACAGCAACAAAGGGUCUUACUUGGAAGAUCUGAUGUUUCUGGCUGGGGAGCUUUCCUUAAGAAUGGUGUUGGUAAACAUGAAUACCUCGGGGAAUAUACUGGAGAACUGAUCUCUCAUCGAGAAGCAGAUAAGCGAGGAAAGAUUUAUGACCGUGAAAAUUCAUCAUUUCUUUUCAACCUCAAUGAUCAGUUUGUUCUUGAUGCGUAUCGGAAGGGAGAUAAGUUGAAGUUUGCUAACCAUUCCCCUAAUCCAAAUUGCUAUGCGAAGGUCAUCAUGGUAGCAGGUGAUCAUAGGGUAGGUAUAUUUGCCAAAGAACGGAUAAAUGCAGGAGAGGAACUCUUUUAUGACUAUCGUUACGAGCCAGACCGUGCACCUGCUUGGGCUCGUAAACCUGAAGCCUCAGGCUCGAGGAAGGGUGAAACACAGCCUUCUAGCGGUCGAGCCAAAAAGCUUGCAUAAUUUGAAGGCCUGUUUGUUCUUUUAGUUGCCUUGAACCUCUAACAUUUUUUUUUUUUUNGAAGUCCAUUCUUACAGCAAAAUCAUUAAAUCAAGGUAGAAAUCAUCACAUUCUCUUCUGAUUUUAGGAUUUCACAUUAUUUUUUCUGCGAUUCUAGCACUUAUUAAUUAAGCAUCUUGGUUAUCGAAAAGGUUUGCUUUGCACCGUUAAUUA